UGAGUUUCAACGGUAAUAGUUCGCUUUCAGCAGUUAGAGCGAUAAUCAUUCUAUUCAUUCGAAUAAAAGUUAAUUGAGAAGAACGUCUGCAACAGAAAUGAAAUUUGUUGUAAAAAUAUUUUGGUUUGCGGUUUAUGUAUGUCUGCUCUAUUCGAGUCAGUUGUUGGGGACAUUAGCGAAACGCCAGGUGCUGCUUCUUAAUAGUUUGGGACAGAUCAGAUCGGAACACGCUCUUGUAACAGAAUUUUUCACGAAAAAUAAUGUGACUGAAAUUUUGUACAUUCCAUACGCGAGAGUAAAUGCCAGUUAUUACAAUAUGUAUACGGAAAUGACGCAGCACGCAUUAUUCGGUGAAAAUUUCACCAUUUUAGGUAUUCACACUUUCUCCGAUCCUGUUGAGGCCGUGAAAUCAGCUAAAGGCAUUUACUGUAGCGGUGGAAAUUCGUUUGUACUGUUAAAACGCUUGUACGAAUCGAAUUUGAUCAACACAAUACGUAAGCGGGUGUUAGAAGAUGGGAUGCCUUAUAUGGGCUCUAGUGCUGGAUCGAAUGUUGCUACUCAUUCCAUUCAAACAACGAACGAUAUGCCGAUUGUCUACCCACCAUCAUUUGACGGUAUGAAUCUGGUACCGUUCAACAUUAAUCCGCACUACGUUGACGUUACCCCUGGGCCUCGCGGUUUUGAGGGUCGUGAUGAUCGCAUCAGGGAAUUCACUGUUUUGAACGACACACCUGUGUUGGCUUUACGAGAAGGUACUCUGGUUAUGAUUGAUGACGAUAAAGCGACUCUUCACGGCCAUGCCAAUGCGCUGUUGUUUACUAGAGAUGCUGAGCCACAAGAUUAUGAGCCGGAAUCGGAUUUGAGUUUUCUUCUGGAACCCCCAAUCAAACCAUUAGAAGUUGAGUCAGAAGUUGAGUAAUAAAAAGAGCAUUUCUCAACUCCCAUUUUUCACGGAUCGUUCUUACAAACACGAAGCUCGUGGCUGGUAUUUGAUCAGUCAAACAGUCUUAAAUCGUUAUCGAAAAAUUGUUUCGUGGUGGAGUUGAACUAAUUAUAUUCCAAUAACGAAAAAC